UGUACACGCAUCACGGUACAAGUUUUUAAUUUAAUACAACUGGUGUUCAGUUUCUGAGGAGUGACAACGUUGUGUAGUCGUUAAGCUAGCGUAAAUAACUACUCGUUAACAAACGUGGAUACAUAUGACAUGUGACACAUCAUUUUCAAAUGUCUUCCCCUAAGCCUACCGAAUAUUCAGCCAAUUAUCAACGCUUUAACGAUGAUGCAGAUCUAUCACUUGAGCAGGACACUUCUCAACGAUCAUGUCAAAAAUAUGGAUCAAUGUUAUCAUGUUCUUUCUCAGGGAACAACAUAAAUUCACCAGUUAGCAAUAGUGAAAACAAUCAGUUUCAUCAAAAGAUUGAGACUGAUGAAGUAGAAAGAGAAACCAUGACUGAUAAUGCUGUGCUUCCCUUGCAUGAUUCCUUUUCAGAUCAUGAUUUAUAUUGGGAAAUGAAUUAUCAUAAAGCUGCAAUAUUUUUAGAGGAAGGUAGGAACAACGAAAAGUUUGAGUCUCAUCCAAAGCAUCCAAAAGAUUUACCAGCAUAUCUAUUAGUUCAUAAUAAUUGGUACUAUGGAUUAGAUUUAUUGACUUCACUUUUACUUUUGGUUUUGGCUGUGGUAGAAGAGCCAGCUGUACCAUUAUUUAGAAUACCAGUAUGGGCACACGGAUCAAUAGAACUUUUUGCUUUGAUGAUUAUAGGCAUUGAAUUAACUUUAAAAUUAAGAUGGAUUGGUUGGGCAACUAUGUUGAAGCAUAAAAGAACAAUGCUGAAGUGUAUUACAUUGGCCAUCAUGUUUUUAGAGGCAAUGACGGUUUUAGUAAGGCAAUCGUCACAUUUUCGCGUGACACGCGCUUUAAGGCCUAUCUUUUUAGUAGACACAAAAUGUUUCGGAAAUGUACGAAGAUUUAUAAGACAAAUAUUGCAGACACUCCCUCCAAUUUUGGAUAUGUUGGGCCUGCUUUUAUUUUUUAUUACACUUUACACAGUAUUGGGUUAUUACAUGUUCUCUGACAUGAAUCGAUAUUUUUCCACAUUGCAAGAUAGUUUUGUAAGUCUUUUUGUCCUUCUCACCACUGCUAAUUUUCCAGAUGUAAUGAUGCCUUCGUAUUCAAAAAAUAAGUGGUAUGCAAUAUAUUUUGUUUCUUACUUAUCCACAAUGUUAUAUGUGAUGAUGAAUUUGAUGUUAGCAGUCGUGAAUGAAACAUUUACAGCCGCUGAACGUGAUAAGUUUAAAAAGUUGUUUUUGCAUAAAAGGAAAGCAUGUCAACAUGCUUUCAAUUUACUAGUUUCAAAACAGAAUCCAGAUAAAAUGCGAUUCCGUCAGUUUGAGGGAUUAAUGCGAUAUUAUGCUCCAAAUAAAAGUAUCAAAGAUAUUGUUUUAAUGUUUCGACAUCUGAAUGCAUCCGGGUCUGGAGUGUUAAGUUCUGAAGAAUUUUUAAAUAUUUAUGACACAACAAUACUUCAGUGGGAACCACAAUAUUCCAGUGUACCUUGGUAUCAUAGCACAUCUCAGCCUAUGCAAAUUCUUUGCACUGGAGCUCAUGCUGCUAUAAGAUGGUCCUACUUUGAAUCUGUGAUGUAUGUAAUGAUUGUUGCGAAUGGUAUUACUAUGAUAAUAAGAAUAUUGCAGCCAAGUGAUAUUCUACAUAGUGCGCGUCUAUUUGCAGCAUCUUGGGAUACUUUCCUUUUUGGGGGAAUAUUUGUGACUGAAGCACUGAUUAAAGUAUUAGGCCUUGGGACAAGAUGGUAUCUUAGCUCUGGAUGGAAUCUUUUUGAUUUAGGCACAUCUGUAAUGACACUCGUUGCUGCUUGUAUUUUACGUAUCUUUCCAUCGGCAACAUUCUUUGUUUUAUUUAGACCACUUAGAGUUUUACGAUUAUUUAAAAUGAAGAAAAGAUAUCGAGACGUUUUUGGCACACUUGUUAUUUUAACUCCUUUAAUGUCUUCCACUGCAGUGGUCAUGCUUGUUUUAUACUAUUUCUUUGCGAUCAUUGGAAUGGAAUUGUUCGCUGGAUACAAUAUGCGAAACUGCUGCAAAAAUACAACCGUUGAAGAUUUUUACAAGUAUUCCGCCAACGAAAGUACUGCAUUAGGAUAUUACUAUUUAAAUACUUUUGAUAAUCUCAUAGCCAGUGGUAUGACGCUCUUUGAACUAACAGUUGUUAAUAACUGGUUUAUAUUGAUGAAUGCAUAUGCGUUUACUGUUGGCAUGUAUACAAGACUAUAUUUUAUGGUAUUUUAUCUGGUAACAAUGAUUGUGUUAACGAUUGUAGUGUCCAGUUUUUUGGAAGCAUUCCGAUUUAGAAUACACUAUAAAAAAUCAACAUCUAAACGUGACGAAGAGAAAAUGCUCCAUGAAGAAGUAGAACUGAGGUGGGACGAUUUACAAUGUAUAAUAGAAGAUUUUCAGAUUCUAGAAAAGCUAAGGCCUUCGCUCAUAGUCGGUGGAAUCACUGUUUUUAUUGGAUCGCGUCCUCGAACGCGAGAAGUUUUGCAGAAAAAAAUGUAUACGAGUGAACUUAACGAAUGGAUCGCAGAAGCAAAAGAGACUGAAAGACUUUAUUUAUCAAAUCCUGUAUAUAACGCAGAUGAGAACUUUGGGGAGGAUGGAAUAUCUGAUUCAGAUCACCUUAGAUCCAGUGGAAACUCGCGAGCGACGUAUCGUAGUACAUCUAAUGUUCUGUAGUCUUUAAACAUAAUAAGUCCUAUCAUUAUCCCAUAAUUUUCAUGUUACAUAUCUUGGUAAUGUGUUAAUUUAAAUAUUGGAAUAUAAAAGUUUAACUUGUAGCUAGUGUACUUAACCGAAAUCCAGAAGACAAGUGUAAUGAAAUAGCCCACAGUAUUUAUUUGUAUCGGUAUAACAAUAAAAUUUACAUAAAUACGAAAAUAGUACA